GCUUCUGUAUCGUCAUGGGACCUAAACAAAAAGUAAAUUGCAUUAACAACAAUACGAUUCUUUUUUUGUUGUUGUUGUUGCUUUGUUUAAUUGCCUUUUUUCAAUAAUUUAACCGUUUCGUCAUUCAUCGGCAUAACUGCUGAAGACUCGGUCAUCAUGGUCUCUUGAAAAAAAGAAAGAAAGAAAGAGGGGGGAAGGGAUAUGCAUUUUUUAUAUAUUUUAUAUAAAUCUGACGUCUUUUUUUCGGGUUUUAUAAUAUUAUUUCUUUUUAUUUUGCUAGAUGAUAAGAAGGUCCAUGUCGAACUUACCUCAUGUUACUGCAGCCCAGGGGUUUAAGGCCAAAGCUGACGCCUAUGCCAAGGCACGACCUAGUUAUCCAAUGGAAUCGAUUGAUUUUCUUCAGAAGCUAACAAAAAAGACCCCUUCGCAGACGGAGAUGCUUGAUUUAGGAGCAGGUACAGGUAUUAUGACAAGAUUGCUGUUUGAAGGGGGUUAUACCUCUUUGACUGCUGUAGAGCCUGUGGAUGCCAUGCGAGCCAAAAUUGGCUUGCCCGACAAUGUUUCUUGUCUUUCAGGCACAUCUUGGUCUAUUCCUGUAAAAUCGCAGUCUCAAGAUGUAGUCAUGCUAGCUCAGUGCUUUCAUUGGUUUGAUGACAUGAAGAGCCUGAAAGAAAUCCACCGUGUUUUAAAGCCUGGUGGUUUGAUGGUCUUGAUAUGGAACAUGGAAAGUAAGCGAUCUCCCUGGGUUGCCCAGUUACGUGACUUGUAUGAAGCAUAUGAUGGUUCUGCACCUCAGUAUCGCCUAGGUUAUUGGAAACAUGUUUUUAAUGAGGCGACAGAUUUGUAUACACCUUUGCAACAUGAAACAUUUCAACAUGAUACACUUGCAAAGAAAUCAGAUGUCUGGACUAGAAUCACUAGCAAGAGCUACAUUGCUAUCUUGGAUAAGCACACGCAAGAUAUCUUGCAUGAAAAAGUUCAGCAUGUGAUUGAUGAAUACCAGCUGGAGGAUGAAUUCAUUUACCCUCUUGACACUGACAUGUAUUAUUGCUAUAAAAAAUAGAUUUUAUGUAACUAUUAAAUUGUAAUUACAACGGUAUUAUUUUUAUUAUAAAUAGUUGGUUAUAACAGAGAAGCGUGUUUAAAUGUCUCUUCUGCUGACCUCCCC